AAUUGUAUGGUAGGCUUUUAUAGCUCCAAUCAAAUUUUGUUGCAGCAAACAAAAACAAAAGGCCACAGAGACGAAAGAGACAGAGAGAGAGAGAGAGAGAGACUUUAGGGUUUAGAGAUGGGGUUUAUAGAUCUACCAACUAGUUGUUAAGAACAGAAGCUCCUUAACUUAAUUUUAUUCUUUAAACGUUUUCUUGGUUUUGUUAUCUUUGACUCCAGGAAACAAGAAACAAGAAGAAGAAGAACAAGAAGCAAGUUCAAGAACCAACCAGCUUUAAAGAGAUCAUCCAUUAUCUUCUACUCUACCUCAAAAGGGGAAACUCAAAAGCUUGCUUUAGACAGAUGGGUCUUUUGUUCUCUUGAAUCUUUUUCUGGGGGUAAAAGCAUUUUAUAUUCUCAAAAAUUUUGAUUUUGGGGAGAUAAGGAUUUGUUUGUCAAUUUUGUGUUCUUGGGAUCAUCAAGACUUCAAACAAAACAAUUUUAUUCUUUUUUUCCUUUUUCAAUUUGAGAUUUCAUAGUGUCUGUCUCCUUUAACACCCACAAGCCAGCUGAUGGUUUCCUGAACAAUCCUUGUUUGAUGGUGAUGAUCUGAUGUCAUAAGAAGAAGGACACUAUGGCAACCUAUUACAGAAGUGGCUCAAGUGAGAUUUAUUCCAGACCAGAAUAUGUCCCUGGAAACGCAACGAUCUACACGAAUUCUUUCUCAGAGACGUUUCCUAGAGAAUCAACUAACAAUGAUGUCUCACCUUCAAAAGAGAUUCAAGCACUGUCAAGUUUUGGUGGAGCUUCACAAAUGGUGGAGGUUCAAGAUUCUGGUUCUUGGAGAGAUCAAGAAGACAAUGAUAGGAGUUGUUUCCCUGUGAUGAUGCGUCUUGGCCUCAGCUCGCAGAUUGAGACAUCCAGAAGCAAGAAUAAUAACAAUGCGUAUGCAACACGGGUUGUUCCAGGCUUGACUCGAACCAUUCACAACUCCAAGUAUCUCAAGGCUGCUCAACAGCUUCUUGAUGAAGCUGUAAAUGUUAAGAAAGCUCUGAAGCAGUUUCAGCCAGAGGGAGACAAGAUUGGUGAAGAGAAAGAGAAGAUUCUUCAGACGAAUAUUGCUGAAAUCCCUCAAGCAGAGAGACAAGAACUGCAGAGCAAGUUGUCGAAACUUCUAUCGAUAUUAGAUGAGGUGGAUAGAAAAUACAAGCAGUAUUACCAUCAGAUGCAGAUAGUUGUGUCGUCUUUCGAUGUAAUAGCUGGAUGUGGAGCAGCCAAACCGUACACGGCCCUUGCGCUUCAGACCAUCUCAAGGCAUUUUCGUUGCUUAAGGGAUGCGAUAUCCGGACAAAUCUUGGUGGUAAGGAAAAGUUUAGGAGGGGAACAUGAUGGAUCAGAAGGGAGAGGAGUGGGGAUUAGCAGAUUAAGGAACGUUGAUCAACAGGUUAGGCAACAAAGAGCAUUGCAGCGGUUAGGUGUGAUGCAACCUCACACUUGGCGGCCUCAACGCGGUUUACCUGAUUCCUCUGUUUUGGUUCUCCGCGCUUGGCUAUUUGAGCAUUUCCUCCACCCUUAUCCAAAGGAUUCAGACAAGAUUAUGCUCGCUAGACAAACGGGGUUGAGCCGAAGCCAGGUGUCGAACUGGUUCAUAAAUGCGCGUGUGCGUCUGUGGAAACCAAUGGUGGAGGAGAUGUACAAGGAGGAAUUCACAGAAGCAUUGGAGGAGAAUGAUCCCAACCUGUCUUCUGAAAACACACCAGAGAUCACCGAGAUUCAAGAGCAUCAAACUGAGUCUAGUUCCAACAACGGACAUGCAUCUGGUGUGGCAAGCAGCAGCAUGGGACAAAGCACGGUGGCUCGUGGUGCUGACAGGUUCAUGAUGGUGACUGACAUGACAAGGAAAGGUAGUGGUGGGAUGUCUUUAACGUUGGGGAUUCAAAAUUCUGACGCUCGUGGCGAUGUUCCUAUGUCUGGUGGGAUAGAUAAUUACGAAAAUAACAUCUCCGGAACCGAUUUCCAAUACUUAAACUCCCACAACCACCAGCACCGGCUUGGCUCUUCAAAAUUGCUGCAUGACUUUGUAGCUUGAUGAGGAGAUUAGAAAGGUGUAGAAAUGUAUUCUUUUGUGAAAGUAAACCCAGAAAAUGAAUUUGUAGAUUAACGAGAAAACAUGAUGAGAUGAUGAACACAAUCUGAGACUGAAAACAAUUUACUCUUCCUGGUUAAUAUAAUAGAUUAAUUA